AUGUCCGAUUCUUCAAGCUCAGAGAGUGAUUGUCUUUCUCGGAAAUCAACUAUAAAUGCGAAUGUAGUAACAAACAAAAGUCAGUCAUUCGCUUGUGUAAAAAUCAGCGAUCAUAUUAUAAUAUCAGGUACGCAUUCAACGGCAGAGUUAGAAGAGGAUGAAAGGAAAAUCGAACCUCCACCGUCAUUCGAAAAAUUGGGUGUUUGUGAGCCACUGUGCCAAGCUUGCGAACGACUGGAUUGGAAGAUACCUACGAAGAUUCAAGUUGCUGCUCUCGCUCAUGCCUUAAGGGGACGAGACGUCAUUGGUUUGGCGGAAACUGGAUCUGGCAAAACUGCCGCUUUUGCCAUUCCAAUUCUACAAUCUUUGUUAGAAACUCCGCAAAAACUCUUUGCUCUUGUGCUUACGCCGACCAGGGAAUUGGCAUUUCAAAUUGCUCAACAGUUUGAAGCACUAGGCGCUGGUAUAGGCCUUCUGGUUGCCGUGAUUGUCGGCGGUGUCGACAUGACAACUCAAGCAUUUGCGUUGGCGAAGCGUCCACAUGUGAUUGUAGCAACACCUGGUCGAUUGGUUGACCAUUUGGAGAAUACUAAAGGUUUUAACCUUCGUGCACUGAAAUAUCUUGUUAUGGAUGAAGCUGACAGAAUUCUUAAUAUGGAUUUUGAGGUGGUUGAAAAGAAAGCUCUUAGAAAUCUGUUAGUGUCAUCUUACCUGAAAUUCUCAAUCAAAUGUGGCGCACAGUAUCCACGUGCCAACUUCUUAAUCAGUGUUGACGUCUCUGGUAAAUACGUUCAGCGGUGCCCAGAAACAAUUCCAGUCGAGCUUGAUAAAAUUUUGCGAGUUAUUCCAAAGGAACGACAUACAUAUCUCUUUUCUGCCACCAUGACAAAAAAGGUUGCCAAGCUUGAGAGGGCGUCGCUGAAAGAUCCCGCACGUGUUGAAGUGUCGACGAAGUAUAAGACUGUUGAUAAGCUUAAACAGAAUUACCUCUUCAUCCCAUUUAAAUACAAGGAGGCGUACUUGGUAUAUCUUCUCAAUGAACUCGCUGGGAACACUGCUAUUGUAUUUUGUGCUACUUGCAAUACUGCAAUGCACGUGGGUCUAUUGCUUUUCUUUUCUUCAGCUCUUUUAUGACA